AUGAAUUUCGCCGACGAUGCCUCAUCAUCACUUUUCAUAUCGACAUUUAAUUAUUUUUGUGUAAAAUCACCUGGUAGUCCGGAAGAAAGUCAUAACGCGACGCCGCCGUCAUUAAGUCACGUGACAUCUAGUCAACAUCAAAACACUUCGCCGCCAUCAUCAACGUCGGCAUUAUCACCUGGUAAUACGGGAACCUCUUCGCCGCCGACGACGAAUGCGACGACGACGACGACGACUCCGACGACUCUCUUAAAUCAAUCCAAUAGACCCAAUUUAGGAAAGUUGAAGAGGUUUUUAAGUACUUUGGUGCAAUUCGGAGCGGAAAUCAAUUCCGAACUCGGUGACAAAGUUCGAAAUUUAGUUUUUAGCAUGGUGAAUGGUAAUUUAACGAUAGAAGAAUUUCAUACGAAUUUACAAGAUGCGACAAAUUUCCCACUUCGACCAUUCGUUUUACCAUUUUUAAAAACUCAUCUUCCGCUUUUACAAAAAGAAUUGGCGUUUCAAGCAAGGAUAGCUAAACAGUCGACUAGUCAAUAUUUAAAGCAUCACGAACAAUUAGUUCUCGAUCCAUCAUUUUCCCCGAGUGAACCUUCAGAAAUAUUCAAUUCGGAUCAAACGUCGGAAAAUGGAAAAAGAAAACAUUCGGAUAGCAUAUACGAAAAUGGAAUUUCGUGCGGAAAAGAAAAUUCAAAUUCUGAACAUCCGCAGCAACAGCAGCAACAGCAGCAGCAACAGGCACCGCCACCUCAAAAAAAAGAAAGACUUCAACAUUCCCAAACGAUGCCAACAUUAUUCGGCACCGGUUUAAAUCCAUUAUCGACAUUCCAAAAUUUUCCACCAUCCGUCGGAAAUUAUAAUUUUCAAUUUCCGGGAAUUAACGGACACGGAAGUCAUCAAUACGCGUCAACAUUCAAUUCCAGCAUUUUAGGUUCGAAUUUUCAUUUGCUUAACAGUUUAAAUCAAUCGGCUCCCCCUCAUCUUCUCGUGGGGGGCGGUAGCGGUGGUAGCAGCGGGAACAACGAUCAUUCAUCCCAUCAGGAUUUAAGUAAUUUGAGAGGGAGAGAGGAUAGAUCGGGAGACGAAGAAUGGAAAAAUAUAAAUACGAUGUUGAAUUGCAUAUUGAGCAUGGUUGAAAAAACAAAAAGAGCUUUAUCGAUUCUUCAAACGAGAGAUCGAAAUAUAACAGUCGAAUCCGAUAUAAAAAGAGCGGCAAAUGAAAUAAUAAGAGUUACCGAAGAAAGAAUUGCGGAAAUAAAAAGACGAGCGGAGGAAGCCGUGAACGAAGUCAAGAGACAAGCCAUCGUGGAAUUAGAAAGAGUCGUCGUUAAAAAUAAUAACAAUAAUAAUAAUAAUAAUAAUAAUAAAAAUAAAAAUGAUGAUGGGGAAGAGAGUAGUAGUGCGACGGAAACAUCCGGUGGAACGCAAAAUCUUUGUUGGAAUUGCGGUAGAAAAGCGCAAGAAACGUGUUCGGGAUGCAACAUAGCCAGGUAUUGCGGUUCGUAUUGUCAACAUAGGGAUUGGGAAACUCAUCAUCAAGUUUGUUGUUCGACGGAUAGAAGGCAUUUACCUCUCGGAUUUAGAUUCGAUUCGGAGGAUCGUAAUAGACACGUUAUAGACGAUAGGAAUAGAAACGUCAUGGAAGAAAGAAGGAAUUUCAUAGAUGAUAGGAAUAGGAGGUAUUCAUCAACGGAUGAAAAUCGUUGCGGUGGCGGUGGUGGUGGUAGAUACGACGAUAGGAAAGAGGAGGGUAGUAAAAGAAACGAAAAAGAAAAGGAAAAAAUGAUGGACGUUGAAAAAAAUCGUACGGAGAACAACAACAACAACAACAACAACCAAUGUGAAAAAUCAAUGGAUCAUCAAACAAACGAAUUACAUAGGAUUACGACGACGGCGGAAUCGAAUCGAAUCAAUAAUCGAUUAUUACCAAACAUAUCUAGUCAAAUGAUAAAUAUCGAUAACAUAAGAAGGAUUAAAAAUCACGUUUUGAAUCGUCACGACGGUGACGUAGAUAAUAAUAAAUCAUACGCGGAUAAUAUAACGACGAAAAAAUGCAAUAACGUACUCCUAAAUAGUAAUAGUAAUUAUAAUGCGGGAACCGGAAGUGGAAACGGAGUGAGCGGAACAAUAACGAGAGGAAAUAGAUGCAGGCCGAAUUCUAGAUCCACGACUCCCGUUACUCUCGCCACGACAUCCGUUAACGAUGCCAAAUGA